CACCGUUCAUCACGUCGGUCGAACAUAAGUCGGUCUAAGAGAUUGUUAUCCGAACACCACCUAUAAAUAGCUCCUGCGACCACUCUUCUCUCCGAACCACGUUUCGCGAAGCUUCUUCUAUCACAGAUCCUCCACCGUAGAAGAAGCAGCAGCAAAAGCGGAGGGACGAGAAUCCUUUAUCCCUAGAGCGGCUGCGGCGACGAUGGCGGAGGAGAUCGCCGGAGCCCUCGGCGCCGCCGCCUCGCUCCGGCCGCCGAGGCUGGAGGACGCGGGCCUCGAGGACUGCGCCCUCCCGCCGGAUUCCAUCAUGGAGGCCUUCUCCCGCGCCGCCAUCUCCAUCCGAUCCCGCUUCGCCACUGGCGAGGACGAAGACGGGAGCGGCUGCUGCGUCGAGGAUCCGGGGCCGAGCAACGGGGAGAUCCCCGACGCCCUCGUCGGCGGCGCCGCCUCCGCCCUCGGGGACGAGCCGCGGCCGCUCUGCGGCGGCGCCGGGGGCGGAGACGAGCCUGGGAGCGGCAGCGCCGCCGAUGAGGUGAGGGUCGUGGGGGUUGGAAAGGAGGGAGAGGGUGGAGAUAGGGUUGUGGUCGUGGGAGGAGCGGAAUUGGACGGAGGGNCCUAUCCCUAGAGCGGCUGCGGCGACGAUGGCGGAGGAAAUCGCCGGAGCCCUCGGCGCCGCCGCCUCGCUCCGGCCGCCGAGGCUGGAGGACGCGGGCCUCGAGGACUGCGCCCUCCCGCCGGAGACGAGCCUGGGAGCGGCAGCGCCGCCGAUGAGGUGAGGGUCGUGGGGGUUGGAAAGGAGGGAGAGGGUGGAGAUAGGGUUGUGGUCGUGGGAGGAGCGGAAUUGGACGGAGGGGGGAAGAGGUCCUGCGUUGAUGGUGCAGAGGAAGGGAUCCGUGGUGUGGAUAAGAAGAAGGGUAAGGGCGAUAAUGAGGAGGAGGAAGAAGAAGAAGAAGAAGGGGAUGGUGAAGCUAUCCUGGUCGAGGCUCUCAUCUAAUCAUGCGCGCAAUUUUGAGGUAAAUUUCUCUUUUUGUGUGCUUCGAAAUUUUGGUUGAACUGUAGUUGUAGCUUCUGUAAUUGUAUUGUGAAUUGUGUUCUCAUUAGCUCUACUAGAUAUGUUCAGUGUACAGC